AAAAACCACUCGCCCGUCAAUACCUGCACCCGCCGGCUCCGUUUCCAAACCACCCCCGCGGCUCAAGCUCCGCUACCUCGACAUACACCUCAACAGCCGGCCGCCCGCUAGCCGAUGACUGUUCUUCACAAGUGAACCCGAACAAUGAACAUUGUCAGACUGCUCAACCAGAAGAGAGUAUGGAUCUGAAAAUAAGACACAAUGGAUCAGGCAGCAUCUGUGGAGAAGAUGGAACAUGGACAUUCGGGUCAGGAUCCUUCUGAUUUUGAAAUAUUUAUCUGAGAGAAUGGUAUUCCAAUCAUUUAAGAUCAUCCCCAUGGAGAUAUCCUGUAAACUACCACAUUUUUGGGGAGAUGGAUGGCUAUAAUCUCAAAGGAAGUCCCACUGUCUACCUGUAGGGGCUGUAGUAAACACAUUACCGACCCAUACAUUCUGAGAGUCUACCCUGACUUGGAGUGGCAUGCAGCCUGUCUCAAGUGUGUGGAGUGUAACCAGAAUCUGGACGAGAGCUGUACUUGCUUCAUCAAGGAAGGAAAGAUAUACUGCAAGACUGACUAUUUCAGCAAAUUUUCCGUGAGAUGUGCUCAGUGUCAGGCGGGAUUGUCAUCCUUAGACCUGGUCCUAAGGGCUGGAGACCUCACCUAUCACCAACGAUGUUUCUGCUGUGUGGCCUGCAGUCGGCAGCUCAUGCCUGGAGAUGAAUUCACGCUGCGAUUUGACGGACCAUACUGUAUUCAGGACGGUGGGCUUCCAGAUUCCAGCUUAAACCACAAGGGUGUUUUCAGUCCUCUAGCCAACACCAGCAACUUAUAUCUGUCAGAAAAACUCAAAGCCCACCGGUCAGCAGCACAUGCUGCAAAACACUCGGAUAAGAUAACCCGUGUACGGACGGUGCUGAGCGAGCAGCAGUUGCUCACGCUGCGGACAUGUUAUGCGGCAAACCCGCGGCCAGAUGCACUCAUGAAGCAGCAACUGAUAGAGAUGACAGGCCUCAACUCGAGGGUCAUCAGGGUCUGGUUUCAGAAUAAACGGUGCAAGGACAAAAAGAAGAAUGUUUUGCAGAAACACAUAGACCAGCGCGACAGGGACAAAGCAGAUAUCCGAGGGUUGAUUGGAACCUUGAUGGUAGCCAUGAGUCCACUAACACAGAAAGCUGAUUUAUACUGCAGCCCUAUUGAGGUUCACAAAUGUUACACACCAUGGGAAGAUCUAAAGUACUUUACACAGCAGGUAGCCUUUUCUGGUGGAAGAUGCCACUCAAACUGCAGUAGUAGUGAGGUGUCAGCUCCAAGUUCCCAACUUCCAGAUACACUGAGCAGCGAAGGAUCCCAAGCAGCAGAUCUCUGACUUUGUAACCUGUCAUUAACCAAGACUUUAUUGGAAAACCAACAAGAAUUACUUUCAUAAAGACACAAUAAACUGCAGUUGAUGGAAUCUCAAGCAAAAAUAGUGCUGCAGGAACAUUAGUUGAGGCAGCAUCUGUGGAGUGAAACGAACAGACGUUUCGGAUUGGGACCCAGUCCUGUUUCUAUUUGUCAUGUUCAGAAAGAUGAAGCAAGUUUAGUACUUCUACAGUCGUACAAGAUGUAGUGAAGCUGCAUUUGGGGUAUUGCGUUCA